AUGGUGCUCCUAAUUUCUCUUCCUUUUAUAACACUCCUGAUUAACUUUGUCCUAUCACAGAGAAAUCAAUAUCUUCCAGGACCAGUACCUACCAUUUCCUUUCCUACUGAUCCUCCUGAGUCAAGUUUCGAUAAUUCAUUUAUAGGUGAAUACAACGUUUAUGAGCCCAGAGGAGUAUUUUCGGAGAAUCAAGCAAAUACCACUCCUCAACCAACUCCACAAAAAAUAGCUCGAAAGAAGGUGCCGUCUCAAAGAGACGCUAUCAAGGAAAAGAUCUUUACCAACUACAAAAGUAAUGAACGACCGACUGAGCAAUUGGAUACUUCCACCAUCGUGAUGGUGAAUAUGAAGAUUCAGUCAAUCUUUUCCAUCGAUGUUAGAACAAUGGAUUACUAUGUGGAUGCUCUUUUAAGACAAGCUUGGGUUGAUCCACGUCUUGCUUGGGAUAACAUUCCAGAGCACAAGAAUUUCACUCAGCCUUUAGUCUCACCGAACAUGAAGAAUAUACUAUGGCUACCAGAUCUCUUUUUCCGAAAUGGUAAAGAAGGUUACUUGCAUAAAAUGACUCUUCCCAAUUACCUCCUUCGAGUUUAUCCCAAUGGUCAGGUCCUUUAUAGCCAGAAGAUUACAAUGCGUUUUGCAUGUCAAAUGGACCUACAGACUUUCCCUAUGGAUGUUCAAGAAUGUGACAUUAAUAUUGGUUCCUAUGGGUACACUCUAUCAGAACUCAAGUUUGUAUGGAGUGAAAGUGCUCCCAUUGAGUUGAAUAAGGACAUGCAAUUGUCUGAGUUCAACACUCCAAAAGAAUUUUUCACGUCUGAUUGCACAUCUGCGUCUUCGACCUCUACUGGAAAUUAUACAUGUCUUUUAGCAAAGUUUUCAAUCGCCAGGAGGUUGGGAUCCUAUCUUGUCACAACGUACAUUCCAAAUAUCCUCAUCAUCAUGGUUUCCUGGUUGAGCUUCUGGGUCUCCAUAGAUGCUGCCCCGGCUCGUGUUCCACUUGGAUUAAUGUCUCUUCUCGGUAUCUUAACUCAAGCAUCAUCGAUGGGAUCGAAUCUUCCUCGAGUCUCCUACAUCAAAGCUAUCGAUCUCUGGCUUAUCUUCUCCAUCAUCUUCGUCAUCAGCGUUCUCGUGGAAUAUGCUCUUGCAAUUACCUACUUGAGAAAAACAAGGAAAGGACAAUGGAGAAGUGAUGUGCGAGCUAUAGUGCGCGAGGAAUUGGCUAAAUGGUGCACAGCAUGCCAACAAAGGGAGUUGAAAAGUUUGAAAGCAGCUGGUGCAUUGGCACCCGGCAACCAUGCAGAUUAUUACACUCAAAUGGAAGCUAUGGUAGCAUUCAGAGAUGUUGUUGAGCUCUAUCAUAAACGACGUCUUGCUAGUAAUGGACAUAAUGGAAUCAAUGAGAGGAUUAAGGUUAUCACGGGAGUCACAGAAUCUGUAAUUGACGGGUACAGUCGAUUCCUUUUUCCCCUGUGCUACCUAGUCUACAACGCUUGCUAUUGGCUCUAUUAUCUCGUAAUCGUCAAACAAUGA